CGCCGACAGAGGAAAUGCUCCUAGACCAAUCACAUCUGUGUUUACACCAUCACCUGUCAAACACACACCCUCUGCUAUAUUUUCUCUCUGAAAGGAGCUGAAAAACACACUCACACUGAAGCGCCUACGGUAGCCGAUAACUGGACGGACUCUCUGGCAAUUGACCUUUUGCAGUGGAAUAGCGGAAUAAGUCUUAAACCAUGAGCUCAGUGGCAGUGUUGACCCCGGAGAGCUUUGCGGAGCAUCGCAGUGGCCUCAAGGACCAGGAGAUUACAGGCUGUGUCCCAGAGGAUGAAGCCUACAUCCCCACUUACCUGGAGGCCUUCCCUCCGCUGCCGGAGAAGGGAGCACCAGGGGAAAAGGCCGGGGAGCCGGCUUCAGCAUGGGGCAGCAAGAUCAGGCCCAUCAAAGCCUCUGUCAUCACCCAGGUGUUCCACGUGCCCCUGGAGGAGCGUCGCUACAAGGACAACAGCCAGUUUGGGGAGGGUGAGGAGGCCAAAGUGUGCCUGGACAUCAUGCAGAGGACGGGGGCUCACAUCGAGCUGUCCCUGGCUAAAGACCAGGGCCUGUCCAUCAUGGUCACGGGCAAACUGGACUCUGUCAUGAAGGCUCGCAAGGAAAUUGUGGCUCGCCUGCAGACACAGGCCUCAGCUACGGUCGCCAUCCCCAAGGAGCACCAUCGUUUCGUCAUUGGUAAGAACGGUGAGAAGCUGCAGGAGCUGGAGCUGAAGACGGCCACCAAGAUCGCUAUUCCACGUCCUGACGACCCCAGCGCCAACAUCCGCAUCACCGGCACCAAGGAGGGCAUCGAGAAGGCUCGCCACGAGAUCCUUCUCAUCUCUGCUGAGCAGGACAAGCGUGCGGUGGAGCGUCUGUCCCUGGAGAAGGCCUUCCACCCCUUCAUCGCCGGUGCCCACAACCGGCUGGUGCAGGAGCUGAGCCAGGAGACAGGCGCCCGCAUCAGCAUCCCUCCGCCCAGCUUGCCCAAGGACGAGAUCGUCAUCACCGGGGAGAAGGAGGCUGUCGCCCUGGCAGUCAACCGCAUUCGAGCCAUCUACGACGACAAGAAGAGGAAGACCACCACCAUCUCUGUAGAGGUGAAGAAGUCUCAGCAUAAGUACAUCAUAGGGCCAAAGGGCAACACCCUGCAGGAGAUCCUGGAGGCCACGGGGGUGUCUGUGGAGAUGCCCCCUCUGGACUCCGGUUCAGAGACCAUCAUCCUCAGGGGGGAGCCUGACAAGCUGGGACCAGCACUCACGCAGGUCUACGCCAAGGCUAAGAGCGUGAUGGUAGUGGAGGUGACCGCUCCUGCCUGGCUGCAUCGCUUCAUCAUCGGCAAGAAGGGACAGAACAUCGGACGGAUCACACAGCAGCUACCCCGGGUUCACAUCGAGUUUACGGACGGUGAGGAGCGCAUCAGUCUGGAGGGGCCAACAGAGGAGGUGGAGCAGGCUCAGGCCCAGAUUCAGGAGAUCAUCAAAGACCUGCUGGUGAGGAUGGACUACACUGAGGUCAUCAUAGACCAGCGUUUCCACAGACACCUCAUCGGAAAGAACGGAGUCAACAUCAAUCGGAUCAAGGAGCAGUACAAAGUGUCAGUACGAAUCCCUCAGGACUCCGAGCGAAGCGGCCUGGUCCGGAUCGAAGGAGACCCUAAAGGAGUCCAGCUGGCACGCAGAGAACUCAUCGAGAUGGUCCAGAGAAUGGAAAACGAACGCACCAAAGACCUGAUCGUGGAGCAGAGGUUCCAUCGGACAAUCAUCGGCCAGAAGGGAGAAAAGAUCAAAGAAGUUCGAGACAAGUUCCCUGAGGUCAUUAUUAACUUCCCUGACCCGUCGCAGAAGAGUGACAUCGUCCAGCUAAGAGGGCCGAAGAACGAGGUGGAGAAAUGUGCCAAGUUCCUCCAGAAAAUCAUUGCCGACCUGAUUGAGAACAGCUUCUCGCUCUCUGUUCCCAUCUUCAAGCAGUUUCACAAAAACAUAAUUGGUAAGGGCGGGGCCAACAUUAAAAAGAUCCGUGAAGAGACCAACACUAAGAUCGACCUCCCGACAGAGAACAGUAACUCAGAGAUGAUCGUCAUCACAGGCAAGAAGAGCAACUGUGAGGCGGCCAGAGACCGAAUCCUCGCCAUCCAGAGAGAACUGGCCAACAUCAAGGAGACAGAGGUCACCAUCCCGGCCAAACUGCACAACUCUCUGAUCGGCUCCAAAGGCUGCCUUGUGCGCUCCAUCAUGGAAGACUGCGGCGGCGUCCACAUCCAUUUCCCCUCCGAGGGCUCCGGCUCGGACAAGGUCACCAUCAGAGGGCCUGCUGGAGAGGUGGAGAAGGCCAAGAAACAGCUGCUGCAGCUGGCUGAGGAAAAGCAAGUCAACAACUUUACAGCUGAGCUGCAGGCAAAACCUGAAUACCAUAAAUUCUUGAUUGGCCGUGGCGGGGCAAAUAUCCGCCGUGUGCGGGACAAAACGGGGGCUCGAAUCAUCUUCCCGUCGCCGGAUGACACAGAGCAGGAACUGAUCACCAUCGUGGGGAAAGAGGAAGCCGUUCGUCAGGCUCAGAAGGAGCUGGAAAGUCUGGUCAAAAACCUGGACGACGUGGUGGAGGACAGCAUGGUCGUGGACGUUCGCCACCACCGCCACUUUGUGUGUCGGAGAGGCCAGGUGCUGCGGGAGCUGGCCGAGGAGUACGGUGGCGUGGCCGUGAGCUUCCCUCGCACCGGAGCCAACAGUCAGCGGGUCACUCUGAAGGGAGCCAAGGACUGCGUGGAGGCUGCGAAGAAACGCAUCCAGGAGAUCAUCGAGGACCUGGAGUCCCAGGUGAGCGUGGAGGUGGCCAUCCCUCAGCGCUGCCACCGCGCCAUCAUGGGGCCUAAAGGCUGCCGCAUCCAGCACAUCACCAGGGAGCACGAGGUUCAAAUCAAGUUCCCCGAGAGAGAUGACAGCGCCGCAGGUCAGGAGCCUCCACCACAGGAGAACGGUGAGGUCAGUCCAGAGGCGGAGUUUGUCCCCCGCAAGAAUGACAUCAUCACCAUCUCUGGGAGGGCAGAAAAGUGUGAGAUGGCUAAAGCCGCCUUGCUGGCGUUGGUGCCCAUAACGGAGGACGUGGAAGUGUCUUACGAGCUGCAUCGCUACAUCAUCGGCCAGAAGGGCAGUGGCAUCAGGAAGAUGAUGGAGGAGUACGAGGUGAACAUCUGGGUGCCGCAGCCCGAGAAGCAGCUGGAUGUGAUCAAGGUGACAGGUCUGGCGGCCAACGUGGAGCGAGCCAAACAGGGUCUGCUGGAGAGGGUCAAAGAACUGCAGGCCGAGCAGGAGGACAGGGCCCUGCGCAGCUUCAAGGUCACCAUGUCCGUGGAUCCAAAGUUUCAUCCCAAGAUCAUCGGCCGCAAGGGAGCAGUCAUCUCUCAGAUCAGAAAAGACCACGACGUCAGCAUCCAGUUCCCCGACAAAGGAGACGAGCAGCAGGAUCUGAUCGUGAUCUCGGGGUACGAGCGUAACGUGGAGGAGGCGCGUCAGUCCAUCCAGCAGCUGGUGGCCGAGUUGCAGGAGAUGGUGAGCCAAGACGUUCACCUGGACCCGAGGACCCACGCUCGCAUCAUCGGAGCCCGCGGCAAAGCCAUCCGCAAGCUGAUGGAGGAGUUCAAGGUGGAUAUCCGGUUCCCUCAGCCAGGUUCUGACGAGCCUGACAAAGUGACUGUGACGGGCCUUCCCGAGACCGUCGACAACGCCAUCGACCACCUGCUCAACCUGGAGGAGGAAUAUUUGCUCAGCGUGACAGAGACGGAGACCUUGGCGGCGUACAUGAAGCCUCCGUCUCGCUACGGCGGGGGAGGGGGCGCAGGAGGCGUGGAUGAUAGCAGCGGGGGUCCGGCUAAGGGCUUUGUGGUGCGGGACGCCCCCUGGAACGCAGCAGGGAACAAGGCUCCUGACAUGAGCAGUGCAGAGGACUUCCCUACGUUUGGGACAGGCGUGGCCCCGAAACAAGCGUCAGCCUGGGGGCCGAAGAAGUUCUGAAGCCGCUCUUCUGGAGGAAAACAAAACAAAAAAAAAUCCCUCUGUAAAGUAGAUGAUGAGAGACAAAACAAAUCUCUAAUCAAAUUGCUGCUCUCCUUCCUCCUCCUCCUCCUCCUCCUCCUCCUCCCCCCUAGUGACCUCCCUUUGUCUCUCUUUCUCUGUAAAAAAAAACCCCUGUACCGACCUCCCACAACCAGCCACAAUGAAUUCUGGGAGAACUAUCCCUUCUUUUGUCCUCAUCUGUCUCUCUUCUUAGUACCUCCACCUCCUCUUUCUCCUUGAGAAGGAAAAAAAAAAGAAAAAAGAAAAGAACGUCGAUUGCUCCCUUCAUAGUUUCGCUGUCCCGCUCCGCCUCUCGGGUUGCACCAGCCGCUGCCGGUCUCACUGAAACAUUUAGAAAAAAACAAAAACAGUCCCAACUUUUUUUCACCUCCGACUGCCAGACUCUCCCCACAGAAGCAAAACUGUCAGCUCGCUGGAGUACAUUAGAAAAUGUUUCACCUCUUCAGAGUCUGCCGAGUCAGGGAUGUGGAGCCAGAGGGGCAACUGGGGAAACAUCCUCAGCCACCAGGUGGUGAUGGUGCAUCCAAGUCACAACAGCACAUUCUUGGAUUUUUAAGCUUAAAAAAAAAAAGAAAAAAAAAAAAGAGGGCAGUCUGUGUUUUACUGUGCAAGAAGAGUUUGUAAACAACCGCAUCUUUUAAGGUUCUUUUCCUGUGUUUUAUUUAAUUUUUCUUUUUCUUUUUUUUUUACAAGGAGGUUUCUUGUUGUCUCACCUUUUAAUGUGGUGCAGCAGGUGAGGCAAUGAGCUGUGUGCGUGCGUGCGUGCGUGCGUGCGUGCGUGCGUGCGUGCGUGCGUGCGUGCGUGCGUGCGUGCGUGCGUGCGUGCGUGUGUGUGUGUGUUGGUGGGUUCAGGAGAGGUUAUUCACCCACACAAAGUGUUUGUAGUUCCCCGUUUUAUUUCUUUCAGAGCUGGGAGCAAAAACAGCUGCUGUAGUCGACUUUCUGGAGGUUCUUUCUUUUUUUAAAUCCCGACGAAUCUAAAGAUGUUGAAGUCCUGCGCCGAUUGUUUGUAAUGAAGGUCGUUUUGUCACAACUGUUUAUUUAUUCAAAAAGGAGCCAUUUUAUUUGAACUACUGUGAUCAUGCGUUUUUUUGUUUCUUUUUUAUGAAAGCACUCACUGUAGCUUGAUGCUUACAACCUUAAGUUUGGGAGUGAAUGUUGUACGUCAGGGUUUUGGAUCAUGUUACCACUUGUUAUGUGUAAGUGUACAAAGAACUUUUGGCUAUUUUUUUAAACUGUGGGAUUUUUGUUGUUGGUUUCUGGCAUAUUUGGAAGACUGUAUGUAUGUAUGUAUGUAUGUAUGUAUGUAUGUAUGUAUGUAUGUAUGUGUGUGCGUGUGGAAGUUAAGAUGUAUAUUUGAAUGAAGCUGAACCAAACUUUUA